AUGUCUCUUCUGCCUUUGCUAAUAGUUUUAUUGUUCGCAUCAACCACUUACGGUUUCUGUGGCUCUAGUAUCCGCUGGGCGCAUAAUUUCAAUAUGGACGACGUUUUCGGGAUAUGGUACGGAGUAGGGUACGCUCAACACACCCCAGAUUUGACGAACAAGCCAAAUGACGUAGGCUGUGUCACCUUGUAUAUAACAGAUCCAAGCAAUGAAGGCCGUGAGGAUUAUUUAUCUGAUUGGUCGAUUAAAAGAAGAAAUUACUCUGGCGAAGAUUGGCGAUCUUACAAAAGCAAUCCUUGGUCAGGAACCCACAUGUCAGGAUCGUGGCUUGAUGUCAAGCUGAACAGGCGAAAAAGAGACAUGUAUAAUGAGAAGAGAAUCAAGAUCAUAUGGGACGAGGACGGGCAGACCAUGGAGCAGACAUACUUUUAUACUACGGAAACUCCAGGGUUGUGGGUAGCGGAGAAACGCCGACCACUGGAACAGGAGUUGAUGGCUAGAGGAAUCGAUGUCUAUUACCCAGACGACCCGCCCAGGCAUCCUGAAGUAAUACGGGUGAUAAAAGUCACUCCUCACAUGAUGAUUAUCAACCACUGCUCAGACAGCGGUGAUCGUGGUAUAUUCUCACUGAUUCUGCGCCGAUCACCGGCGCGGGUGGAACGGUGGGAGUGGUACGACCUCCAGAGACAGUUCUUCAAUUUUGAAUUACCCAACAUGCACCGAUAUAUGGCCAUUUGUGAUGCUUGUUACCUCACAGGAGAAGCUGAACAACUCAUAAGACAUAUUCCCAUUACAAAUACAAACUAUGACCAGUGCUGGGAAAAAUUAGAGAAACGAUACAAUAAUAAAAAAAUGUUGGUUAACGGCAUACUUCAAAGGUUGUUUAGGCAAAAUAUGAUGCUUACUGAGUCAGGCGAAGCAUUAAAACAACUUUUAGAUACGACUUGCGAUUGUCUGAGCGCUCUAAAGAAUUUAGAUAUAGAUGUAAGCACUUGGGAUGUUCUCAUUAUUCAUAUUGUUGCCGAGAAACUGGACCCGGAGACCCGCAAGCAGUGGGAGUUGAGUGUAUUUAGUGUUAAUGCAAAUCAAUUACCAACAUUUGAAGAAUUGCAAAAUUUUAUUGAAAAUCGGUACAGAGCUUUAGAAUAUCAACCACUAGCUGAUCCUGAAUUAAAUAGGCCUGGUAAAGUGGACAUGAUUUUGGGUGCAGAUAUUUAUAGUAAAAUAAUUGAAUAUGGCUUAAAGAAAAACUCUGAGGGUAAUUUGAUUGCUCAGAAUACAGUGUUCGGAUGGCUAAUUUCUGGUGUAGUAAAUUGUACAUAA